UGGGGCCUGCUUUGCUGGCUGACUGUGCUCGGCGUUGGUACCUCGGUCGUCUUCUCUGGCUGGAGAGUGCUGCUCCCGACGUCUCUGCAGCCCCUUUAAUUCUUGUCACGAGGGCGCCAACGGAAGGGCGCGAGCUCCGAGAGACAGGCGCGAAUUCAGGCUACAAACUCACUUACCAUGAAGGUGAAGAUUAAGUGUUGGAAUGGUGUAGCCUCCUGGCUUUGGGUUGCCAAUGAUGAGAAUUGUGGUAUUUGUCGAAUGGCUUUAAAUGGCUGCUGCCCAGACUGUAAGGUACCUGGGGAUGACUGCCCCCUUGUGUGGGGACAAUGUUCACACUGUUUCCACAUGCACUGCAUUCUCAAGUGGCUUAAUUCUCAGCAAGUACAGCAGCAUUGUCCUAUGUGUCGACAGGAAUGGAAGUUCAAGGAGUGACUGAUACCUGCUGUGAUAUCUGCCUUCUACCUGUCAUGUGGUGAAGAACUCUGUGACCUUGGACCUAUAGAUCCCCUUCCCAAACCACAAUAAGGGAUCAUUUUUAUACUCCUGUAGGCCUUGAUCCUUUUGACAGGAACUUUGAGACCACUCACGUAAUAGGAAGGACAUGGGGAACAAGGUGGGCACAUAGACACCUUUCU